AUGAGUUGUUGCAAAGUGUUACUCAGAGGAACACCAUUGUUAUCAUUAACAUUAUCGAAAUCGAACUCGAACAUCCAACACAAGUUGUUACAGUUUCGUAGGUUGUCUUCAAAAACAAACUGUUCCUCUCUUGAACCUCCAAAUGUGUCUCAUUUGGCAAAAACUGCUCAUAUCUCUCUUACCCCAACUGAGGUUGAAGAAUUUGGUCCUAAGAUUCAGCAGGUUAUAGGCUGGUUUGGACAGUUGCAGGGUGUUGAUCUUGAAAGCAUUGAGCCCUCAAUUAGAGCAGAUACUGAAAACAAUUUGCGUGACAAUACUCCUGAAACAUUUGAUCAACGGGAUGCCAUCAUUGCUUCGCUUCCGAGCUACGAGGAGCCUUACAUUAAAGUUCCAAAGGUCCUUAGCGUGGACUGA